AUGUCCCGGGCUGCAGUAUGGUGGCUGGGUGUAUGGGUCGGGGUGUGCGUCUGGGCUGCGCCUCCUCAUCACCGCGGCUGGCUGCGGCUGUGGGAGGAGGGCGAGAGCUGUGGGGAGUGUGACAGGUCCCGCUGUCCUGUGGCACCACCCGGCUGUCCGGCAGGUUUGGUGCGGGACAGAUGUGGCUGCUGUGAACACUGCGGCAACGCUGAAGGUCAGUGGUGCGACCUCAACAGCUCUCAGGAGUUCUAUGGUCGCUGCGGUGACGGGCUCCGCUGCCAGAAGAGGCUGUCUCAGGCCAGGGUUCAGUGGGGCAACCCUGAACCCAGGUGUGUGUGUGAGAGCCAGGGUGCAGUGUGCGGCUCAGAUGGGCGAACCUACCCCAACCUGUGCCAGCUGAGAGAGGCUGCGAAUCAGUUAGGGACCACACUGAACCUUACAGUAUGGGGACCAUGCAGUUCUGCUCCCCGCAUAAGCAGAGCACCCAGAAACUCAGAGAGCUACACAGGACAUGACAUUGUGUUUGGGUGUGAAGUGACGGCCUAUCCUCUACCACGUGUCGGCUGGAAGAAGAAGGGCAGUGACAACUUCCUGCCCGGGGAUGACCCGCACAUCUCUGUACAGGCGCGUGGUGGGCCGCAGCGCUACACUGUGUCCACCUGGCUCCAGAUCCAUGGCCUCCGAAAAUUAGAUGCCGGUAUCUAUGUUUGCAUCUCCCACAAUGCACUGGGAGAGGCAUCUGCCUCUGCGCGCCUGUCCGUGCUCAGAAACGCGGUCAGAGGAGUGGACCGUGGCCUUUACGAUGGCUUUUUUUAUGACACAAGAGAAGAACUACAAGAGGAAGAGCUGGAUUCAGGGGACCAUAUAGUUUAA